GUGGAAAAUUCGGAAGAAAAGAUACAUAAAUUUUCUUUUUUCUUUCUCUUGCUGACUGUAGCGCGUUGCGAAAUCAUUUAGUAAAUUUUUAUCAUUUUGAUAAGUCAAAAGUGUGUAAAGUUAAGUUGCGGCAAGAAAAAAAAAAUCAUUUUAUUUUCGUGCCUUUUUACCUUCAUCACGCGGAAACAGAUUUGAUUUUCAUCGUUAAAAAAUAUUUUUCAUAUCGGACAAGUCAAUUGAAAUAUUUAUGAAAAUUGAGUGUUAAUGAUUUUAAUUGAAAAUAUUUAUAAGGCAGGAAAUUGUUUAAGUGCCUGGUGUGCGUGAGAGAGAAAGUUUUGUUUACGUUAAGAAGAGAACCGCAAGGAAAAUGAGCUCUCAAACAGAUCAUCAUUAUUAUUCGUCAAUUGUCAAUCACUUAAAGGUCUUAGGACAAACGAUAAUGGGCAGAAGAAAGAGCUUGAAGAAUCAAGAAGAACCUACAAAUUACACAGAAGAUGAGUUGAAAGAUUUACGUACAGCUUUUGACUUAUUAGACCGAGAUCAAGAUGGAAUGGUGACACCAACAGAAUUACAGUUUAUGUUAAAUAAUUUAGGAAUUCACGUGAGCGAUGAGUUGAUUGAUGGACUCAUGAAGGAAGCAAGCAAAACUGGUAAUGGAUUAAUAGAUGAAACAGAAUUUCUUCAAUGGAUUAGUCGAAUACAAGCACUGAGAGAGAGUCCAGGAGCAGUAGCCGAAGAUGAUGAUCUCACGCAAGACCUAGUGGCUGCUUUUAGAGUUUUUGAUAGAGACAGUAAUGGAUACAUAACACGUGAUGAGCUGCAGCGUGCAAUGCAAAUGAUUGGCGAAACUGUUACCGAUUCACAAUUAAAUGACAUGCUUGCACUUGCAGAUCUUGAUAAGGAUGGUAGAAUUAAUUAUGAAGAAUUUGCACGAUUGCUGUUGUAAAUUGUUGUAAGAAUGGAUAAUUUAAUUCAUGUCCUUAAUUAUAUUAAACACCAAAGAAGAAACUCAAAAAAAUCAAAAAAUACGCAAAUUUAUGAUGUGAAAAAAACCCUUUUUUAAUAAUGUUUUAUGAAGAAUUUUAAUUUGUUAAUUUUUAUUUUGCUUAUUUAUGAAUUUUUUUUAUGUACUUCAAUUCUUCCUUAAAUAUCUCAUUGUAUUGAGUUUAUUCAAGAAGAUUGUUAAUUCAUUAGAAUGUAAUUUACACUAUAUACAAAUAAAGAGUAGUCAUAGAUUGUAUAUUUUUGAACAAAAAAACAAAUGGUUACUAUAUUCAAGUUGUAAGGCUUGUGCACUGCAGGAUUUUAGAAUAUUCUUCUCAUAUAAUCGGUUCUUUAUUAGAAUAUAUGAGGUUAAAAAUUGGAUAGAGACUAUGAAACUUUCAUUUUAAUAUGAAAAAUAGCAAAAAUAAUAAUACUAGUUGAUAUUAAUAGUGUUGAGAAUAUAUUAACGGUUAUUACUACGUUUUUUUGUUAACAAAGUUCCUUUGAAUAGUUUAUUUCCCCUUGAAUAGUUGUUUGCCCCUCCUUCAUAGAAAUAUUUAAUCUGUUUUUGAUCACUGAAGAAUAAACAUCGUUGUUAUUAAUUUAAUUCCAUGAUAAUUAAGUUUAUUAAUAAAUUAGCAUUGAAAUUAUCAAACCAACAAAUAGCUUUCAACUCGCACAUGGCUACAAAGAAGAACAUACCUAAAGUUCAGUAUCCUUUAAAGAUAGAUCACAUCAGUCUUAAAAAUCGUGACUAUAUAUAUCGUUUUCCCAAACAUAAUUAAAAGUUAACCGAAAGAACACAAUAUUAUAUUGACGUCAAAUAAUUUUAUCCUGCACGUCCUGCAAAAUCCUCUAGAGUCCGUCUAAAAAUUCAUCAAACAUACAAAAUCAAUUCGAGUGCACGAGUCUUACUUGGAGAAGCAUAUUUAUUAAUAUUUAAGUUGAUUGACUGGAAAAUAAAGGUUUUCGAAAAAAAUUUAACAAAAAAAAUAUAAAUUUGAACACGAUAAUAAGUUUAUUGGAUAUAAUUCAAUAAGGAACGCUUUUUAUUAAAAGAAUGACUUUAUUUUUAACACACUUAAUCAGAUGAGAAUAAGAAGAGUGCAAUUUAAAUAUUAAUUCAAGUUUAAUAAAUGAGAUUAAGAAUUAAAUUUGAAUAUCAUAAGGGGAUCAUUUGCUAAUGACGUCUGUUGAAAAAUGGGGUAAUGUGAAUCCAGACUAUCACUAUUAGGGGGUAGUUUAGGUGGGUUUCAUAAAGAGAUGGGAUUGGCUGUUGGCAGUGGUCAGUAUUGCUUGAAGCACCCUACCCUAGAUUCUAAAAUUGAUGUUUCUCAUUCUUGGGUUAAGAAUAUUUGACUGUGACUAGGGUUGGUCCCAGGUAUUUUUGUAUUUGUUUCUCUUGUCUAACCUAGAUUAUGAUCUCUCUUAAGAGGUCUAAGAUUAACAUUUCCUUCUUGCCUCUCCGCCUUUCCAUUGACGGACGUCAUAAGGUAAUUAUCCCCAAAACUAUUGUUACGCUUGUUGUAUAAAAUUAUACAAUAUUAAUUAAUAUUUCAUGAAUUAUAAUGUUGUAUCAUAAACUACAUAUAAAAUUUUUGGAAUGUUAUUUAACUCGGAAUUCGAAGAAUAAGAAACAAACUUUCAAGAAAACAAAGAAAUUCGGAAUAAAACUGAAUAAUGAUACAAAUUUAAACGAAGAAAACUUUUUUGUGUGUUUCUUUUGAGUAAUUUUCCUCGAAG